UUUCAGAACAUGAGGCUUGUUUGCAGCACUAACACACCCACAUUCGUCACCUCAUACACCUCCUUAUAAACACACUGAACAUGCACAUCGGACACGGAUCAUUUGGGUUUCUGCACCAGGAAAAAUCUUCCUACGGCACUUAUCAACAAGACUAGACAAUAUGAGUGGAACCGAAACAAAGGACGAGACGGUCAAGGGGCCAGAGGUGAAAGGAUGUGACGCAGACGGAGAAGGAAAAGGAAAGUGUGGAAAGGGGGGAGGACACGGACACGGAAAAGAACAUGGAAAAGAUCAUGGGAAAGAACAUAAAGACAAGGGAGAAGGAAAAUCAGAUGAAAAGAAAGGAGGUCAUGGUCAUGGUCACGGUCAUGGUCAUGGUCCUGGUAAAUGAAGAACUCCUUGAAUCGACAUUCUGUAAUAAUGAUCGUAAAGAAUUCAAUUCAUAAUCUCUAAUAAACUAAUCCAGAAAAAAA